AUGGCUGAAUUACUUGCUUCAUCAUCAACAAUUAAUGAUGAAAAUGAACUUGUUUCAACAAAAUCUUCUCAAGAUGAUUCAACAUCAAAUGAAAUACUAUCAAUAAAUUCAUCACGUAUUCAGUCGAAAUUAUUUCAUCGACGCAUUGUUACUAUGCUAGAAACAUUAAAAAAAUCUAAUGAUAAUUCUUCUAUAUCACCCGUAAGAUCAUCAAAUACUGAAUAUAAAUCUCAACCAAUUACGUUUGGUCAAUUAAGACAAGCAACGAUAUCAUCUGUUUCUACACAAAUCAUCGAUGAGAAAUCAAUUUCUCAUCAAAUAAAAAAAGAUACGGAAGAAAACCAUGAUGAAACUUUAAUAUCAUUUGUAAAAGAUAAUAAUCCAAAUUUGAUUUCAACAAAAUCAAAAUCUUCUACAAAAGGUGAAAUAAAUAAAGAACAAUUGUAUUAUUCAACUUCACUUAAACAAUUAUUAGAACAACAAAAUGUUGUUACAGAAACAAAAGAUGAUAACCAACAAAUACAAAAAUCAACAUUAACUGUUGAUGAAAUUCUUGCUAUGUAUUAUUCUAAAGUAAAACAAUCGACAAAUAUAGAGUCUAAUUUGUUACCGUCGUCGUCGACUUAUUCUAAUACGCAUGUUACAAAUUUUCAUAUACUUCCAUCUGUACCAAAAUGGAAUUCUUCUGAAAACAAUCAACAUAUCAUUCCACCUCCUCAAUUGGUAUUAAAUAAACAAAACAGAAAUCGACCACCGCCACCUUCCUAUUCAUCUAGUAUAACUAAUACACAUCGAACAACUUCAAAUAGUAUGCAAAUCAUUUAA